UCUCUCUUCGGUACCCAUUCGGAUUGAGAGCGUUUUGAUAUUUUGUUUUCAUGCCAGUUAAAUCGUUUGUGUAUUUGUAGGGAUGUCUGAGAAAGAAUUUGUGAGAUAUUUUUGUGCUUUAAUUGAAAAAUUUGUGUUUUGAUCGUACAUAAACGACAAUCCUCGGACAAUGUUAAACCAGGACCUCGACGACACGCAUCUAUGCAUCAAGUGUAAUUCGACCAUCCACGGAUUAGAAACUUACAUUAGACAUCGCAAAAUCAAUUGUACCGACAAAACGAUACAAAUAACUCGCGACAUCGUACAUGAAGAUCACGCGUACUACGAAUUUUCGGUGCCGCAACCAAAAGACGACAAACAAUUUGGAUUCUCUUAUGACAUUGGGCAUCAUUCGCCAUCGUCCGGAAAAGAACCAUCCAGUGAAUACAAAUCAAAUUCGAAUAAAUCAUUGUCCGAAUCAUAUGACUACAGCUUAGGUCUUGGGGCGGAUGUUUUCUUUUCGUCGCUUGAGCUGCAAAGUAGUUCGAAACAGAAAUCAACUCCCAACAAGCAUCCAUCGACGAAAGUUCGAACGAGAAAAACGACUGCUGCAAUAAUAGCUAGCCAUGAGCAUGAAGACAUUUGGAUAAACGCGCCGAGCGACGGUUCCGAUAAACUGCUGAAAGCCGUCAGUGCAAUCAGUGGAACGAAGAAAGACUCAAUGUUUAGUUUGAUGCCAUUUCCUCAAGAUUCUGAUGACGACGAAGAGGAAGAAGACGAGGAUGAUUAUCAUGAUGCGCCACCGAGGACACACACCGGUGGCAAGUGGAAACCAGAACAUGGCGCGCAUCAAGAACGCCACAGAUUGAUUAACUCAUCUCCUCAAUGGGACGAUCGGGAUCAUUGGAGUUUGAAUGACGAUCAGCAUCACAAUGUUGAUUACGGCGAAGAUUUGGAUCUGCAUCCCAGUUACACAAAGGGCAAAUGGGUUCCUGGCACAAAAAUUGUGAAACUCGACUACCAUCCGGAUCCCAAACCGGACCAAUUAUUCAACGAUCAGUAUUGGUGUACGACUUGCAACAGAAAGCUGGCCUCACGAAUAGUUUAUGAAAGGCAUUUGAAAUCGAACCUACAUUUAAAGCGAUCUGAACCAGAAAAUGAACUUGAGGAAGCUUCCCGGCCUUCUCGGCUAAUAAUUGAUAAUGCCAAGCGGAUUGUCAAGCCAUCAAUCUAUCUCAACGAACAGAUCUAUGCCGUUCGGGAACAGGCAAAAAGAUCUGCUGGACCAUCGACAGCUUCAGCGACGCAAACAUCUGGCUCGCUCGAAAAAUUGGAAUUGGAAGAAAAGAAGGGAGGCCGAAAACGGCAACGCUACUUCAUCAAAUGUGAUUGUCAGUCCAGAUUGCCAAAGUAUCUGCUGGGAAAGCAUCUUAUAUCCCACUACCAUUACCGUCGCAUGAAAUCUUUCGACAUAAUUCUGCAAAACAUUCAUAAAAUCGUUCAACAAUCACCGUACCAAUGUCUGGGCUGUCGUUUUUACGCAAAUACCGAGGAAAUGUUCCUCAAGCAUUGGGAUUCGAAGGAGCAUGUAAAUAUGGCAGAAUCCAGCCACGGUCGGUUCUGGUGCAGUUUCUGUAAAUUCCAUUGUGAAGACAACAAUCAAAUGCGUCGGCACCUGGUCAACGAAGAUCAUCAAGAGGUCAUAUCAGCAAUAAAUCGCUCCGUACCGAUUAUCAUUCGAAAACGGGCAAUCAUACAAUGUGACAAAUGCCAUGAGGACUUCUUCUACAACAUUCAGUUACGGCAACAUGCCCGUCAGUCAUGUGGCAUCGACACCUUAGACGGGUCAACAGCCUCGGAUCAGUAUCAAUCGAAGCAUAAGUGCGAUCAAUGCAACACUAUGUUGCGGUCACGAAAGGCACUGCAGAAGCACCGAACCAAUUCACAUUCAACGAAAACUUACUUUUGCAGUCUCUGUGAAUUGAAUUUCACCACGGCAAUAGCGGCAAGGAAGCAUCGAAUUUCGAUUGAGCAUAAAGUUAAGUCGGCUAAAAAGCGUAAAGUUAAAAACUUAACGCGUAAAUGUACCAAGUGUGGAGUCAAUGUCGAAGAUGUUGUGAAGUUGAAGGAACAUAUCGUGGCAGAGCAUCCCAAUGAUUAUUUUAGCUGUUCAAUAUGUGGUAUGAAGUUCAUUUUAUCACAAGAACUCAGCCGUCAUAAUCGUGACAAGAAAUGCAGACCAGUUGAACAACAGAUGGAUUACAAGACUUACCAAAUUUCUUACGAAACAAUUGAAAUUCUGCCCUCGUACACGAUCAUAACUCCAUCAGAAACUCCAACAGCAGAAGGUUCAGAAAUAAUUGCUAACGUGAGCGCAGAGAGCUCACAAAUUUUAGUCAUUCCGUCAAUAUCCCAUCAAAAUGAAUUUGCGAUGCUAGAACCGUCCCACCAAGAAAGCGGGAACACCGACGAGAUCGGUACAGUAAAAUCAUGGAAUUGUGGAUUGUGCGCUUUUAGAAGCGAAUCGCAGGCCGAAUUUUUGUUUCACGAAAUUUUGCACAAAUACGACCUGUCGAAAACGAACUUGCUGCCGUGCUCAAUUUGUGGUAAAACCUUUCGGAAACCGUCACUGCGGUGUCAUCUGCGGCAACACACAAACGAACGGAAUUUUAGCUGCGACCUUUGUGUGGCGUCAUUCGCUAGACGAUCAAAUCUUAAUUAUCAUGUGAGCAAAGUGCAUACAAAAAGGACGCCGCAAACGAGUGGAUCGCAUGAUAUGGAACGUUUAUUUGAGUGCUCCAUUUGCAGCAAGAAAUUCAAAAAGAAACAUAUAUUGGAACAGCAUCUCCAUUGUCAUCGGAAUCGGGUGGUGACGAAAAGUUUUCCUUGCGAAAUGGAAAAUUGUUUAUUUUCGGGACGUUCGGCGGCCGAGCUACGAAAUCAUCAUUCCAGUCAUACGAAAGAAAAGAAUUUCAAUUGUAAUUUCGCUGGAUGCAAUUACAAAGGAAAAUCGUUGAUAUUACUGAAAAGGCACUCGAAAAUGCACAAUCCAGCAAAUGAACAGCGAAAGAUCUACCAGUGUUCACAAUGUCCCUUCAAUACGAAAGUAUCAGGACAUCUUAAGCGUCACUAUCGGAUCCAUGAGAAAAUCAAACCGUACAAAUGUCCUUAUUGUGAAUACUCGUCAAAUAAUUCGGAAAACCUGAGGAAACAUGUUCUUUCCACGAAAAAGCAUCCUGGACGACACAUCUACGAAUGCAAGUUGUGCACUUUCGCCACCAAUCUGUUAAAAGAGUAUAAGGUUCACAUGUUCAACGUCCAUUAUGAUUCUUCAAAGGAAGAUCACCUGCUCGUCUAGUGUAAACUGUUACAUAUAAAAUGAUUGAAAA